UUUGGUAAACCACUAAAAUAUUCCACUAUUGGUGUCCUCAUCAACAUCCGUGAUCUGACCAACCACUUGCAACCCCUCUCCCUUCUCUCCCAGCUCUAUGUAAUUAUGUAUAACCUUCACUUCUCUGUAUUUAAAGCCAAACCCCCCACCAAAAGCAUCAAGCUGCAUUAAAUUAACAAAGAGAGGACAUGGCGAUUUCCAUCACCUCCUGCCUCAGACCCUUUUCCUCACCUCCUCCUCCAAGCCCCUCACCACUGAACAAAACCUCUCUUAGUACCCCAUGGUCUGCAAGCAAAGAAGCAAGCUGGGGAAGCCGGUGUGUCGCGACCGCCGCAUGCAUCAUAAUUGGCUCGAGCGCUGCCGGCUUUGCGGGCGGCGACGGCACGGUCCUUGCUGGAGAUCUCAAGGUAACCGGGGGAUCGGAAGGAAAGGUGAUGCGGUGGAGUGACAAGAGGAAGUGUCCCCCCUGGCAUGUGAAUUCUCUGGAGAAUAUCGUGCCGGAGAAUCUUCCAAGGCCAUCGACCGGUCGGAGAUCCAACGGGCUCGUGGCUUAUAAAACGGCUCCGCCGGUUGGGGUUGCUUCGAUUCAGUACAAGAGCAGUUGCUAUUCGCUUUAGGCAUGUUAAUAGUUUCACGGUUUUACUUAUUUCACUUCUCUAAUACCUUGUGUACAUGAAGUACAAAUAUGUAAGUACGAUUCAGAAAAGGUAAAAAUAAGAGAUUGGUUACGCUGGGA